GGGUAUUGCGCUUGUUUACCCCCAGCAUUGUGGGUAGGAAACAACAUGGCGGCACCCAUUCUGAAAUGGAAGCGGGUGACAAACACGACGGGACCAUGUCCUCGUCCUCGCCACGGUCAUCGGGCGGUUUCUAUCAAGGAUUUAAUGAUUGUCUUUGGUGGAGGAAAUGAAGGAAUCGUUGAUGAACUGCAUGUUUACAAUACUACUACCAACCAAUGGUUUGUACCAGCAGUGCGGGGAGAUAUCCCACCAGGGUGCGCUGCGUACGGCUUCAUCUGUGACGGCACGCGGAUACUGGUGUUCGGUGGGAUGGUGGAGUAUGGGAAAUAUUCCAAUGAGUUAUACGAGUUGCAGGCCAGCAGGUGGGAGUGGAAGAGACUGCGGCCGAAACCUCCCAAAAACCACCCUCCACCCUGUCCGCGACUUGGGCACUCUUUUACUCUGCUGAAUGGAAAGGGGUAUUUGUUUGGUGGUCUGGCCAAUGACAGUGAAGACCCUAAGAAUAAUAUUCCAAGGUAUCUGAAUGAUGUGUAUGCCCUGGAGCUGAAACCUUUGUCUUCUCAGCUCAGCUGGGACUUCCCUGCAGUCAGUGGGCCACUCCCGCCCCCAAGAGAAUCUCAUUCUGCAGUCGCUUACACAGAGAAAUUUGGCAAAAAUCCCCGCCUCAUUAUCUACGGGGGAAUGAGUGGCUGUCGCCUGGGAGAUCUGUGGCAGCUUGAUUGUGAUACACACACUUGGACAAAGCCAGUGAUUCAGGGUAUCCCGCCCCUCCCCCGUAGCUUGCACUCUGCCACAGUCAUCGGCAACAGAAUGUUUGUGUUCGGGGGCUGGGUGCCUCUUGUGAUGGAGGAUGCCAAGGUGGCAACCCACGAGAAGGAGUGGAAGUGCACGAACACGCUGGCAUCUUUGAAUCUAGACACCAUGACUUGGGAACCCCUGGCAAUGGAGGUAUUUGAGGAUGCCCUCCCCAGGGCCAGGGCAGGCCAGUGUUCUGUAGCUAUCAAUACCAGGCUGUAUAUCUGGAGUGGCAGAGAUGGCUACAGGAAGGCCUGGAAUAACCAGGUUUGUUUCAAAGACCUGUGGUUCCUGGAGACAGAGAAGCCCCCAGCGCCCUCUAGAGUUCAGCUAGUGCGUGCCAGUACCAACACACUUGAGGUCUGCUGGGGCACAGUUCCCACGGCAGAUGCCUACCUGUUACAGCUGCAGAAGUAUGACAUGCCUCCUUCCCAGGCUGCCACGCCCACCGGCGUCCCACAGACCAAUCCCCUGGUGAAAGCUCUGACCCCCAAUACUAUAGGGGGCGCCAUGGUCAGGCAAGGCAUUCAAACAAUUCGUCCAGUAGGGGGCACCACCACACUGGCUGCUACGCUCGCCUCUACUGCACACACUAUACGAGUGACCCCAGCAGGCAUGACGUCCCCUACUGUAAUCAGACCAGGUCUGAAGUCAGGUGUGACCACAGCAUACAAGGUGGUGGGGACUGGGCCCAACGCUCAGGUGAUCAAUGUCACACAGAAACAACCUGGAACACCUGGCACACCUACGAGUGGUAGUCAGGGCACACAGAUGAGUGGUAUAGCAGCGCUGGCAGCUGCAGCCGCGGCAACACAGAAGAUUAACACCACCAGUGGCUCCACCACCACCACACCAGCCAGCGGGAUUAAAGUGGUCACACCGACCAUAGUGACAUCUACAGGAAUGACAGUCAAGUCUGUGCCACAAUCCCCAGGCAGCCAGACGGUGAGGAUGGCUAACCCCACCACCAUUCUGAAGCCUGGUCAGCAGAACCUCCAGGGCAAACAGAUCAUCACAGUCCACAAGACUGGAGUGACCUCCUCCAACCAACCCCAGAUUGUCACACUGGUCAAAACAACACAGGGCAUGACAGUUGCCUCUAUGCCCAAAGUGACAUUACUUCCACAUAAGUCCACCACUUCAACUUUGGCUCAUCUUGUCGGCCAACCUGUUCAGAGCAAGUCUCAACUUCCCCAAGGUGCUACGAUAGUCAAGCUGGUGACGACUCACGGCAGUUCUGGCAAGCCCACUGCCAUCAUCACCACCACACAAGCAGGCCAGACACCCUCCACUAUCCUGGGGAUCAGCAGUGUGCAGCCACAGGUUGGUGAUAGCACAAAUACAAAGACAGGCACAACAAUCCUCAAGACCUUACCCACAUCUAUGAUCACGGUGGGUGGGAAGCCUAACGUGGGUACCAUCAGUGGUACCCCAGGCAAACAGACCAUUGUCAUAGCGGCACCGAAAAAUAGUGCUGGUACCACGGGUGCCACCCCAACCAAAUUUAUCACGACUAUGCCAAAGUUGUCCACUCCUACUUCAUCGCAGCAGAUCAUUGUAGUGAAUGCUCAGGGCUCUACCAGUCAGCUGUCGAGUCCAGUAGUGGUGACAAAGCCAGUGAUGACUCAGGCCAAGACGGUAAUAACCACUCCAGUCAGCAAAUUGGCAGCACCUAAACCGGCAAUAUCUAUCAUAACACAGCCAGCUGCAGCAUCAACUCCCUCAGCCACAAUCAGCACAGGGACAACAGCAGUCAGUGCCACCACAUCCCUGGCAGCAGCAGCAGUAUCAACCCCAAGCACCAACAUUACCCCAAGUAGCAGUCUCCUCACUGCCACAGCCACUCCAACCGCAAACAGCAGCAUUUCCUCAACCAGCCUCAGUCUCUCCCUAUCAGCCAACUCCAUAUCAGCUCAGCCCCCAGCACAACUGUUUGCUAUGGACGAAUCCGAGGGGGCGACAGAGGGAACAACAGCAACAUCAACAACUACAGGCACAGCAGUGACGGCAGUAUCAACGGCAACAACAACAGCAGCAGCGACAACGUCGGCUGGGACAACACAAGAAGCCAGCAGUGUCAAGGUUGAGGAGGACAAAGAGGGUCAAGGUCAGGACCCCCAGCAGAGCAGCAGUGCUGCCCCCACACAGCCAGCACCAGAGAGUAUGGAUACUGUCCCUGCCACUGACACCAGUAGUGAACAGGCACCAGCUGAACAGCCUAUGGAAACCAGCCAAGCUGAGGAGAAGCCUAGCAUAUCAGAAGAUCCGUUAGCGACCUUGGCAUCGGCAGCCAUCUCGUCAGCAAGCGGAGGUCUGACUACUGCCCCCGCAAUAAAGCAGGAGCCAGAUGCCAACGGGGCAGCCAAUGGGGUCAAGGCUGACACACAAGACAAGCCUUCUGAGUCCCCCAAUAAGCCCAGUGGGUCAGUGAAAAAAGACACAAACCAGUGGUAUGAUGUGGGGAUCAUCAAGAGCACGUCCACCAUAGUGUCCCACUAUCAUCUACCCUCUGAGGCGGGCCAAGGAAAUGGAGACGACAUAGAUGUAGUCAGCGUGCCAGACCAUUCUGUGCUAAAACGUCAGGAACUUCUUCCAGGGACGGCCUAUAAAUUCCGCGUGGCGGGCAUCAACGCCUGCGGCCGAGGUCCCUUUAGUGAAAUAUCUGCAUUUAAAACUUGCCUGCCAGGUUUCCCUGGGGCACCCUCAGCAAUUAAAAUCAGCAAAAGCACAGACGGAGCCCAUCUAUCCUGGGAGCCCCCACAGAACACCGCAGGCAAAAUUAUUGAGUACUCCGUAUACCUGGCAGUGCGCAAUGCUCAAGUGGAACAAAAGGCAGGCAUGCCAGCACAGCUUGCAUUUGUACGGGUUUACUGUGGCCCGAAUCCAUCGUGUGUAGUCCAUCAGAACAGUCUGGGCUCCGCACAUAUAGACUACACCACCAAGCCUGCCAUUAUAUUCAGGAUAGCAGCUAGGAAUGAGAAGGGUUAUGGACCAGCAACACAAGUCAGGUGGCUACAGGACACCUCCAAUGCACCAGCAGUUCCAGUAAAAACACCAGUGAAGAGACCAAUGCCACUUGGAGACAGUAAACCUAUCCUAAAUGUGUCAGUGACACAGGGAGGCGCAGCUCAACAAGCCACCAAGAAAAUCAAACUAGAAGGCGAGGGCGAUGGCCAGUAACCAAGGCAGGCGUGGGCACUUUCACGUUUUGCGUCAUGUGGGACAUAAUUUAAAGUUGCUCAUGGUGGAAGUGUGUGUGUGAACUUUUUUUUUUGUACAGAUCUGCAAUGUACAGGUAUCUUAAACCUUCCUUGGCACAGAUGGUGCCAUGGAAAUUGUACAGUAUAUAAAUAAAUAGUUUAUUAAAGUAUAUCAAGGUAUCGAAUGCAAACAGGUUGCAUAGCAUGAGCCUGAGACAGAAAUGAGCGUUUUUAUUGAACUUCCUGAAGAAUUCUGUAGAAUGUGUAUAGGGAUUGUUGGAUGUUAAGAAAAGUGGAAGUCUUUGAGAUGUUUUGAAGGGAAGAAGAUCUUCACUUUGCUCUAAAGGUCUUGGAAAGAAAAUUUAAGAUCUGUUGGGAUAAUAUUACAUUGAAUGUUAAAAGUAAGACAGGUUGUCCUUGAAUUCAGUACAUAUGUGAGAAAAAGUUUAGAUAUUUGAUUUCUAAGUGUCAAAUCACCAUGAUAGCAAUUAGAGAAAUAACAGUACAACUAAGGGAAAAACAUAUUUUUGACAUUAUGAGCGAACAUUCCAGAAAAUUUCCACACAUCCCAAAUAGGGUCCCACGAUUUGACUGCCAACAUUUAUGAUUGGUGAAUUUACCACAUCAAAGGCAUAGGAGGCAAAUGUUUUAUAUCAUGACAAGGCAGGCUUUUAUAAUUAAUAACCAUUAUGUGAAUUCAAGAUGUAUAAAUGUGUUAAACAUUUUUACUUCAUUAGUAGUAGAAAUUUUUUUAACACUAAAAGUCAAGUCGGUCAUUAUGGUUUGGAGUGGCAAGGAAUUUUGCUGGAAGAAAGGAAUUUUGAAGAUAAACUGGAAUUAAAUAUAUUUGAAUAUUGUGAUUGAUGUAAAGGAUGAGUGAAUAUAGCGGAGCUGACUCGCUGCUUUACGAGAUAAAAAAGGAAAAUAGAAUGUGAUUAAAAUGUGUAUCAUGAAGGAUUUGGUGCCUUCAAUUUGCCUCCUAUGCCUGAACAAAAAAUGUAUUUUACAGAUAAUUCAUCAAGCCCAAUUUUUUUUUUUGAUGCACUUACACUGCAUUUGAUUGCAUGCUCUGCAUUAUAGAUUAACUUUUCAACUGCACAGGCAAAUAACAAGUCUGCCUGAUUAUAUCUGUGGUCAUUUCACUUGCUGAAAGGUGCUAGAACUAGAAAAAAUUGAACUGCUGGAUAUACAGAUACUGUAUAAGGCUUACAUUUCGUGCAAAUAUCAAUUUUCUACAUUAUCAAAUUCUUGACAAGAGCAGUUCUAAAAUUGUGGGCAUUUCUGUAGACGUGAGUUUUAAAACCCUCCUUGUGUUACAGCAAAAUGCUGUAUUGGUUUCUGAGGUGCUUCCAAGAGAUGGAGAGAUUUCUGAUAAUGCAAGCACUCCUGCAAUUUCUUCCCUUUAGACCCCAAAUUUUUUUUUUUUUUUGUGGUUUCAGACUGCUAGAGUUAUACAUCCUUGCAAUAUUUUGGAUCAUUAUUCUGAAAAUAAAGGUAUAAUUUUAUGAGCAGCCAUUGGAAAAUUUUUAAAAAUAAUUUCAGAGCUUUAGCACUAUCAUUGUUGGUUUCUAGGAAAAAUGGAAUUAACAUUUAUUUUUCUCAUUUAAAUAUUCACUUGAGGGGGGAAUUGCAUUUUUUUCCACUGUAAUAAACACUGUAAUUAGUCUUAAGUUAAAUUUUUUGCUUUAUUUAUUUAAAAGAAUGCUACUGUCGCCUCAUUAUAUGACCUGUAUUUGUAGGAUCUUCUUGGUAAUCUGUAUUUUUACAUAACAUUCUCUUUUUUAGCUAAAAUGCAUGUUAUGAUAUCUUUAGUCUGUGCAGAACAGUGGUUACAUUUCUAAAAUGUAUUCAUAGCUGUUCUAACUUUUUGUGAAAUAUGUAGAGUUAUUAUGCCUAUCUAUUGUGGGUUUUUACAGCAAUCCAGCCUAAACUUGACUGACUUCAAAGUGUCUAGAAGCAAAUGUUCUUUGAUACAUGUUAGUUCUAUGUAAGUACGUAGCACAGAUUUAGAUUAAAAAAGUAUAAUUUUAUAUUCAUGCCCGUCACCGGGAAAUGAAAUGUGAGUACUAUGUUAUGUGUACAAAGGUAAAGUGUAGCAUAUGCAGAACUUGAUAUAAAAAGCUGUAAAUAUUUUCCUGUGCUUUGUAGGUUAGAUCUUGCGUAGUUCUCGUCCUUUUCUGGAGUCUCAGGAGAUUGAGAAAGGAAGGUAGAGUCCAUGUUGCCAAGGAUUGUGUGAGUUGAGUUUCCAAAGCCAGGGAAACUUGUUUUAAGAAGCAAUCAACUUGAAUUUUAUUUUAAGGUUUGAUUAGAAAGUUUAAUUCAAGUUUUGAACUUUUAAAACUUCUGAUUCUUCAGACGCUCUUCACCAGACAGGAGAUGGUCAAGGAAUGGGUUUUUUGAUCUAAUUUUUAGUAAGAUUGAGUUUUGGCAAGAAUUAUACUGGAUUCAGGGGGGAUUCUAAACAAUAUUUGCCAGACCUAUUUCAAGCACAUUGUAAUGAUGUAUUGAGAAAUCCUUUCAAUCUUUGGGAUUCUAUGGAUCUUUUUUUUUUUUUUUUUUUUCGUAUUUUAUCUCUUUUAGUGACUGAUGGAUGAUAGAAGUGAGGGAAAUUUAGAGUAAUGUUUGUAUAUCUUUGAAUAAACUAUGUUUUUUAAUAUGUAUACAA